UAGGUGAAAUGAAGAUGAUCUCAAUGAAAAAAUCAAUCUUAUUUACUUUAGCCACAUGUCUUCUUUUAGCCUCAAAAACUACCUGCCUCGAUGGAUCAGUAAUGACCAGCUUGCAGAGCAGAGAAGAAUACAGUGAUGAUACCUAUUCAGAGUCUACUGAAGACAUUAUAGAAGAAAAGCAGAAAAACCUGAACCUUGAAGACCUGAAGGACUGGGGAUUGAAGAACAUCAUAAAGAUGAGUCCAGCAGUGCACAAGGUGGCGAGCUCAGUUGCUAAUUUGCCACUGAGGUUUGGCAGGAACUUUCAGGAAGCGAGAAGCAUCAAACCAGCAGCCAACCUGCCUCUCAGAUUUGGACGAGCACUUGCAGAAAACCUUUCAAGACAGGCCCUUCCUUUCUCACACAGGCUUGAGAGGGCUCCGGUGGUCCAGAGUGCCAUCCAUUCUCUUGCCAACCUGCCACAACGAUUUGGAAGGUCGCUUAUCUUCAGCCUACCUCAAGAGAUCCAAGGCAAUAAUAGAUUUGGCGAUUUAAACAACCUUAUGAAAAGGGAACCGGAUGAUGAAGAAGAAAGCCAAGAUAACUGGAAGUUUUUGGCUCAAUCUCCUUACUAAAAAGUUGAAGCAGAGAAACAGAUAAAGGAAAGAGAAGAGCUCUGCCUUCAAAUUAUGAUGUCAGUUGUCAAGCAUUUGUCUUUAUGCAAGCAUUUGCAAGGCAUUGGCGGUAAUUGUUGUACUAAUUUAUUUCUGUAU